AUGCGUCUUUAUGGUAGUGAUAAACCUGACAUGCGAAUACCGUGGAAAAUUGAAGACUGCACAGAGCAGCUUGGUUGGGUGAAGUUUUACUCUAGUGUACUGAACUUGCUAAAUGUUGCAAACAGCUAUCUCCGGAAAUCAACUUCUUCCAAGGACUGGACAGCACGCUUUAUCGUUUGCAAAGGUCAGGCUGAAUACAUGAAAAGAUCGGUGAAGAAGGAGUUCCAACGAAUCUUAAAUAUGAAUAAGCUGUCUAGGCCCUUUGCUAUUUUGGAUAAGAAUAGGGAAGUGUGGUUCAAGAACCUCAGCGCAGCUGAGAUGAGCAAAUUCUGUACUGUGGAGGAUGGGGAUUGUGUUGCUUUCAGUUGGGGCGAUGAAGAAGGAGUGCAGUGGACGCUUGGUCAACUACGGAACUUGAUAGCUGAGGUUGGAGGGCUCCGGCAGCAGAAAAAGAUCUGUGCUCACUGGAUUGUAGAUUUCCCUCUGUUUACUGUGGAAGAAGGUAAACUCUCCAGCACGCAUCAUCCUUUCACUGCCCCUAUCGGCGAGCAUCGCGAAUGGCUAAACAAUCCCGCAAAAAUUCAUGAAAUUACUGGACAACACUACGAUCUGGUGAUGAAUGGUGUGGAGUUAGGAGGAGGCUCUAUUCGUAUUCAUAAUCCAGGUGAACAGGCACACGUUCUAAAGAUCCUUGGAGAAGAGACUGAGGAAAUGGGCACAUUAAGUGCUUUUAAAAACAUCUCAAUCAAACGCGUCAGCGAUGAAACAAGAAUUGGAGAAAUCCCAUUCUUCACAUUCUCUUUUGGUAAGGGUAGUAAAACUGAGACUGAUGAGAUUUCAUCAGAUCCGUGGACUCGUUUUGUCAUUCGUUUGAAAAAAGCAAUUUUAUUCUUAAGUGUUAGAAGAGUUGCUGGGUCAAGCGGC